CGAAUAUCUCUCUUACGUGCGAUACCCAAUUGCAAUUUUAGCAUACCGAUGACUCUUCCCGCCACCAUGCUAACAUAGCAGUUUGCGACAACCAUCUUGAGAGUUACGGACGUCACCGAACAAGUCCAUUGAACCACUGGCACGAUAGCGCUCAGCGCAAAUAGUGUCAUUACCUGCAGAAAAAACGGUAUAUUCAGAAGUGAUGUAUGGUUGAAGGGCUUGGCGAUGGUGUCAUUUUCCUUGUUGUUCCUAGCCAGGGCAUUGGAACGAUCGGCUGCCAGGCAGAGCGCUUAGUUGUUACAUACAUUCCAGGAAUGCAGGUACGUAGAAAGCAUCGGUCCUCCGGACUUCACGGUGAUUGGAUGGCACGAAAACUAAAUAACAAAAAACCGGAUCGCAUCUUCGGGGAAAACCUAGCGCAUGGCUGGGCUGGCGGUUAUUGCUGUCCGUCCGGACCACUAUCCUACGAAGAGCAGGGUAUUGGACAGCGAGAGCCUCGAGACAUCGCUGCGUUACCGGAUCUUCAAGGAGACGCCUGGAGAGACAGGGAUCAGGGGAAUUCAACUUGCAAAGGAGGUUGUCUUUGCGUAUAACCGAACCAUACAUCGAGAGAUCACAGGCCGUCUGAUCCACAAUAAAUUCGAUCCCAGACGGAUGGGCGCCGGUACUAUGACGCCGAGGAGGGAGCGCAAUUAUGGUCAGUUCCGAGGUCCGACUUUCGGAGCUAGUCGCGGGCGCCCGGUCGAGUUCAAGGCGUUCAGUGGAGGGGAUCCUCAGGUCGACACCGUUCGGAUGAUGGGGGGAUUGGAUAAUCAUGCGCCCAGACGAAUCUUGGGUUUAACAGCAGUGUACAAUCACACUUAUGUAACACAGCGACUCUCACAAUACUACCACGAGGAUUUUAGCGAAUAUCAUUUAAUGGAUAAGAACGCCCUAGGGUCACACCAACAGUUACAAAUAAUAUUUAAACAGAUCACGGACACUAUUCAGUAUUCCCUCAUGCGGCAUUUCCAUAUCUGGCCAUAUUCUGACCUCUAUUCAGUAGGUUCUUCAUUCACGGAGACUGAGUCUUUAGUACUACCGAAGUAA